AUGGUGAGCAGCAGCAACACGUACGUGGCCGGGGAGCUCGUGGCCUGGGCGAUGCCGCCGGGCCGCGCGGGCGCGGUGACCAAGGCGCAGCAGGGUGGCACCGGCAGCAACGCGAUGUCGGCGGCGGCGGACGAGUACCUGGCGCCGCACAACCAGGCGCGCGCGGCGGUGGGCGUGCCCCCGCUGCGGUGGAGCGCGGACCUGGCGUCGACCGCAGCGGCGGUCAUGGCGCAGCAGCAGCGGCAUGUCGGGUGCGCGUUCGUGGACAUGGGCGGCAGCCCCUACGGCGCGAACCAGGGGUGGGCGAGCUACCGCGCGCGGCCCGCCGAGGUGGUGGCGUCGUGGGUGGCGCAGGGGCGGUACUACACCCACGCCAGCAACACCUGCGCCACGGGGCGGCAGUGCGGCACCUACACGCAGGUGGUGUGGCGCCGCUCCGCCGAGCUCGGGUGCGCGCAGGCGUCUUGCGCCACGCUCACGCUCUGCCUCUACAACCCGCACGGCAACGUGCAGGGACAGAGCCCCUACUAGCUUACUAGCCUCGGUGGCGAGUGGCCGGCCGGCCGAUCAGGUUGGUGGGGCUCCGUCCGGUUGAGCCGCCGAUGCCGGCGCCGGCGGCCCCUUGCCGGCCUG